AUGGGAGAUCGGAAACGGAGGAUUUGUAUUAUUCAAAAUGUGUUGAUGUUAUUAAUCGGAAGCUUCAUUUCUCAGCUCUACGCUUCCGACGAUGUGACAUUCUACGAGUCCUUUGAUGAGACAUUCGAAGGGAGGUGGAUUGUAUCUGAGAAAGAGGAUUACAAAGGUGUAUGGAAACAUGUGAAGAGUGAGGGGCAUGAUGAUCAUGGUCUGCUUGUGAGUGAUAAGGCCAAGAAGUACGCUAUUGUAAAGGAACUUGACGAGCCUAUUGACCUAAAGGAUGGAACUGUCAUCCUUCAGUAUGAGGUUCGCCUUCAGAAUGGCCUUGAAUGUGGUGGUGCUUAUAUCAAAUACCUCCGUCCCCAGGGUGCUGGAUGGAUUCCCAAAGAAUUUGAUAAUGAAUCACCUUAUACAAUAAUGUUUGGUCCUGAUAAAUGUGGAGCAACAAACAAGGUUCACUUCAUCUUGAGGCACAAGAAUCCCAAUAGUGGAGAGUAUAUUGAACACCACCUCAAGUAUCCACCAUCGGUGCCUUCUGACAAAUUGACCCAUGUUUAUACAGCCAUCCUAAAACCUGAUAAUGAGUUGAGAAUAUUGGUUGAUGGGGAAGAGAAGAAGAAGGCUAACUUUCUCUCAAAUGAUGACUUUGAGCCACCACUAGUCCCUCCUAAAACUAUUCCCGACCCAGACGAUAGGAAGCCUGAGGAUUGGGACGAGAGAGCAAAAAUUCCAGACCCAGAUGCCAAGAAACCAGAUGAUUGGAACGAGGAUGCUCCAAUGGAAAUUGAGGAUGAGGACGCUGUGAAACCUGAGGGAUGGUUGGAUGACGAGCCUGAGGAGAUUGAUGAUCCCGAGGCUACAAAACCAGAAGACUGGGAUGAAGAAGAAGAUGGUGAAUGGGAGGCUCCAAAAAUUGAUAACCCCAAAUGUGAAGAGGCACCUGGAUGUGGGGAGUGGAAGAGGCCAAUGAAGAGGAAUCCUGCUUACAAGGGAAAAUGGCACCCUCCCCUUAUUGAGAAUGUCAAUUACAAGGGUGUUUGGAAGCCCCAGCUAAUUGGAAACCCUGACUAUUUUGAGCUCGAUAGACCAAACUUUGAUCCCAUUGCAGCUAUUGGCAUUGAGAUCUGGACAAUGCAAGAUGGUUUGUUGUUUGACAAUAUUUUAAUAGCUUCUGAUGAAAGUGUCGCAGAAUCAUACCGGGGAACUGCAUGGAAGCCUAAAUUUGAUGUAGAGAAAGAGAAACAGAAGGCUGAAGAAGCUGCUGAUUCUGAAGGGCUCCAGGGUGUCCAGAAAGUGGUGUUCUACUACCUUUACAAGGUUGCUGACCUCCCCUUCUUGGGCGAUCACAAGUUUAAAUUUUUGGAUCUUCUUGAAAAGGCCGAGAAACAGCCCAACCUCACAAUCGGAGUCCUAAUCUCCUUUGUUGUUGUUUUCUUCACAAUUUUAUUGAAGCUUGUUUUCGGUGGGAAAAAGCCGACAAAAGUUCCUGCAAAGACAGAGACAAAAAAAUCCGAUGCUGCUGAAACUUCCAAAAAUCAGGAAAGCUCGAAGGAGAAGGAAGAGCAGAAUGAAGUUCCUGCUGCUCCUCGUAGAAGGACCACCAGGCGUGAGAAUUAA